CUCCACUUACUCCUGCUGUGAUUGGCUAUCUGCAGCCUGUGCUGUACACAGGUCCGCCAGUUAACCCAACGUGCUUGCGGGAGUAAUGACGCAAUCCUGAGAGGUGAAUACCGUGCCAUUGCUGUGCUGUUGAGUGCUUGGUCUCUGCGCAGGGCUGCCUGGGAGAGUGGGAUGGAGAAGACGGUGGCUGUUAUUGGAGGGGGGAUCGGUGGUCUGUCUGCCUGUUACCACCUCACCAAAAGCUCUCAAGUUUUUAAGGUCAUGUUGCUGGAGUCUAGCAGCAGGCUGGGAGGAUGGCUGCACUCCACGCGCAGAGAAGACGGAGCUGUCUUUGAACACGGCCCUCGAGGGAUUCGCCCCGCGGGCGAUGUGGGAAAGAGCACCCUAAAAAUGGUGUCUGAACUGGGAUUAGAGAAUGAGGUCCUGCCAGUCACUUCGGAUAACAUCGCCUCCAAGAAUCGAUUCCUUUACGUGGGGGGAAAGCUGCACAAGAUGCCCAGUGGUGCUGUUGGAGCCCUGCGUAAAGUCCCUCCCUUCAGCAGGGCCCUCAUCAGCAGCGUGGCGCGAGAGCUGCUGGUCAAACGAGGCACCCAGGAGGACGAGAGCGUGCACAGGUUCGUGGAGAGGCGUUUGGGGAAAGAGCUGGCGGACGUUGUGAUCGACAGCCUGUGCCGGGGCGUGUACGCGGGGGACUGCCGGAAGCUCAGCAUGCGCUCCUGUUUCCCGCCGCUGUUCCGGGCGGAGCGGGACUACGGCUCCAUCGUGCUGGGAAUGGUGUUCGGAAAAACAGAGAAGGUGGCGGGGCUGGACAGCAGGCUGGCGCAGAAGUCUCGGGAGGAAGGCUGGGCUCAGUGGUCGCUGAGGCAGGGCAUGCAGGCUCUCCCUGAGGCUCUGGAGGAUUGGCUGAGGAGGACAGGGAGGGUGGAGAUCCUGCAAGAGACAGAGGUGCAGCGCCUGGAAAGGACAGCAGGGGGCAGCGCCUGGGAGAUUAAACUACAGGACGGCAGCAUUAAGGCAGAUCACAUUAUAUCUGCCGUGCCAGCUAAAGCCUUGAGCUCAGUACUGCCCCCUGGUGCCGGCCCCCUCUCGGAGCAGCUGCGGAGGAUCACGUCUGUCACUGUGGCCGUGGUCAACCUGGAGUACGAAGGGUUAAUCCUGCCAGUCGAGGGUUUUGGACACCUGGUGCCGUCCUCCGAGAGCAGGGGCAUGUUGGGGAUCGUGUACGAUUCAGUCGCGUUCCCCCAACACGACAGGAAAGACGGCCAGAGCACCAGACUAACAGUGAUGAUGGGCGGAGCCUGGUUCUCUGAGGUGUUUGGCGAUCCUGAGGAGGUGAAGGAGGAGCAGCUCUUGCAGACGGCAGCCCAGGCAGUCCGGACUCAUUUGGGCGUUGAUGCAGAACCGAUCUGGAGCAAUGUCAGUUUACAGAAGGACUGCAUACCUCAAUACACUGUAGGACACUGGGAAUGUAUUGAAAAAAUCAGGCAAUAUCUCAGACAGCACAGCCUGCCUCUCAGCCUCGUGGGGUCCUCGUACCAGGGCGUGUCUGUGAACGAUGUCAUCUUCAGCAGCAAGAGAACGGUGGAGAGGCUUCUGGGAAAAGAGCAUCCGCACCUUGACACCUUAGGGUGGGGGAGGGGUCUGUUCACACCAUCUAAAUAACGCUUUGAUCUUUAACUGCCUCCUGGGGGCUAGGUGUCACUGUGGGGUUACUCACUCGCCUUGUUCACACAUUUAGGUUUGAAUGCGGCUCGUGAAUCGAGUUUGGUCAUCUUACAGUUUAAACCAAGCCCCCAAAGGAAUUUAGUGUUAGCCACGACGCAACAGUCAAGGGGGUUGAGCAAGAGUGAGGUCCGUGCACAGCUCUGAGGGGAAAGCUGGCUUGGUGCAGGGUCAACAAUCUACAGCAAAGCAGAAUUUAUUGUUGUUGCUUGUUUUUAAAGUGAAAAAUGAUCUGGUGAUUAUAUUUUGAAUAACACUAUUGUAAAUGUGAUGUGCAAGAUAAAUUACGCAGUGAAGAAAUAAUAAAACUGUUCUAACUGUUU